GCGCGGAAGAAGAAGAAGAAGAAGAAGAAGAAGGAGGAGAAGACGAAGUAGAAGUAGAAGAAGACGCCGCCGCCGCCGCCGUCGUCGUCGUCGUCGUCUGGCUUAUUAAAUUAACAUUUUUCAUCUCAGACGCGUUCUAUUAACUUAUUGUUCCGGCCCGUCUUCGCCAUGGAGGUUCCGGGACCCGACAGCGACUGGAGGAGUCCUCAGUUCAGACAGAAAGUCGUCGCUCAAAUCGAGGAGGCCAUGAGGAAGGCGGGAAGCGGACAUAACAAGUCCAGCACGGACAUGGAGAACCACGUUUACGUCAAAGCAAAGUCCAGAGAGGAGUAUCUGUCCCUGGUGGCCCGGCUGAUCAUCCACUACCGCGACAUCCACAAGAAAACCCUGGGAGGUCCAGAUCCCAUCAAUGCCCUGACUAACCUGACGGGCGUCGGAGGGGGCCCGGGCCCCGUCGGCAUGGGACCCCGCCCCGCCGGUGCCCCCAUGGGGGCCAUGGCGCAGAUAGGCCAGCACGCCAUGCCCGGGGUGUCUGGAAACCCGCAACCCUUGGGGGGUUCCGCCCAGUUGUCCAUGCAGCAGCAGCAGCAGAACUUGCAGUUCCAACAGUUCCAGGCUCAGCAGCAGCAGUUCCAGGUUCAGCAGCAGUUGAGAGCCCAGCAGCAGCAGAACCAGCAGCAGCAGAACCAGAUGCAUCAGUCCAGGAUGCAGCAGCAGCAGCAGCAGCAGAUGGUGCAGUUGCAGCUGCAGCAGCAGCAGCAGCAGCACGCGCAGGCGCAGGCGCAGGCGCAGGCGCAGUCCAUCCAGCACAUGGUCCAGCAGCAGCAGGCGCAGCCGGGCCCCAUGCAGCCGCUCCUGCAGCAGCAGCAACAGGCCGCCAUGGUGCCGCAGUCUCUGGCCGCGCAGAUGGCGCCCGCUCCCCAGCACGUCCCCAUCAACUCGCUGAGUCAGCAGCAGCACCAGCUCAAGAUGCAGCAGGCCUUCCAGGUCCGGGCGGCGUUGCAGCAACAACAACAGCAGCAGGCGGCGGCCGUGCAGGCGCAGAUGGCCGCCGCGUCAGGACAGCUGGUGCGACCCAACAUGCAGAUGCCGGCCCGGCUGGCCCGCCCCCCCCCCGGCCCCGUCCAUCCCACCCCCCAACGCCGCCGUAACUGGCCCGUCGGUCAUCCGGUCGGUUCGUCCCGGCAGGCGCAGCAGCACGCGAUGAUGUCGUCGCCGUCGCCCGUGCAGGUCCAGACCCCCCAGUCCAUGCCUCCGCCCCCUCAGCCCUCUCCUCAGCCUCCCGCUUCGCAGCCCAACUCGGCCAGCUCUGGUCCCACGCCGUCUCCGGGCGGGUUCCAGCCCAGCCCGUCCCCCCAGCCCUCACAAAGUCCCUCAACCGCCAGGACGCCCCAGAACUAUGGAGUCCCCUCCCCUGGCCCGCUCAGCACUCCAGGAAACCCGAGCUCUGUGAUGAGUCCGGCAGGAGCGGCGUCCCAGGAGGACCAGCAGUACAUGGAGAAACUCAAACAACUUUCCAAAUACAUCGAGCCACUACGCCGCAUGAUCAACAAGAUUGACAAGAACGAAGAACGGAAGAAGGACCUCAGCAAGAUGAAGAGUCUCCUCAACAUCCUCACGGACCCCAACACCAGGUGCCCUCUGAAGACUCUGCAGAAGUGCGAGAUCGCGCUGGAGAAGCUGAAGAACGACAUGGCCGUGCCCACCCCCCCGCCGCCCCCACUGGCGACCAAGCAGCAGUAUUUGUGUCAGCCGCUCCUGGACGCCGUCAUGGCCAACCUCCGCUCGCCCGUCUUCAACCACUCUCUGCACCGCACCUUCGCCCCCGCCAUGGCCGCCAUUCACGGCCCCCCCAUCACCGGUCCCCCCGUCUCGUCCCGCAAGAGGAAGUCGGACGAGGACGAGCGCCAGACGGUCCCCGACAUCCUGCAGGGGGAGGUGGCCCGCCUGGACGUCAAGUUCCUGGUGCACCUGGACCCGGCCCACUGCAGCAACAAUGGCGCCGUGCACCUGGUGUGCAAGUUGGAGGACAAAAACCUCCCCAGUGUUCCUCCACUGCAGCUCAGCGUUCCUGCUGACUAUCCAGACCAAAGUCCCUACUGGGCCGACCACGCCGAUCAGUACGGCGCCAACCACUUCCUGCAGGCGGUGCACAGGACCCUGGCGUCCAAGCUGCUGCAGCUUCCCGACAAACACUCGCUGACGGAGGUUCUGCACACGUGGGCGCAGAGCGUCCGCCAGGCCUGCUUGUCCGCCGCGUGAAGUGGCCGGCGCGACCAGAUGACGACUGGUUCUCUUUUAAAGAUCAAUAAAACCCCUUUUCAUAUGC